UAUGUGCCACAGCUUGGGAGAGUCAGAGUGCUGGGCAGCACAGAGUGUGACUGUGCUCUCUUCCCGCUGUGUAAUUUCCCAUGCGUGAAACACACUGCCUGGAAUUGACGAGUGUGGCACUGACUGAGGGGCUGGAGGGGAACCUCACUCUCUGUUGUGGGGGGGUGGUGCGGUGUUGAAAGAGGUUAAACUCCUAAUUCUGUUGUUUCUCUCCCGGGGAUGUCACGGUGUGGAGCUGCGGAGUCUCACGCUGAGUUUGCCCAGUUGCUGUGCGCGGAGCCGGCCCGGAUCCAGCAGACGGUGGACGGUCUGUUGCUGGACCUGCACCGGGACAAGGAGAAGCUGGUCCGCUCUUUCCUGGACUAUCCCGGCAGCCAGGAGUUGCUCCUGGCUCUUUGCAGGUCCCUGACACCGGGGGAGACGCGCCUCUGCAGUAAUGUGGCAUACAUACUGGGCACAAUUGUGGAAAACGAGGUGGGUGCUCAGUGUUUGGUGACAUUGGCACAGACUCAGCUGCUGGAAUCUGAUAAUCUCCUCGGCAACCUGAAUUCCAUGUUAACGUGGACAGAUACGGAAGCAGUGAUGAAUGCUGCUGGGACACUCUGCACCAUGGUUGAGACCAAUGAAGGCCGACAGUGGCUACUGAAUGACCCUCACCUGGAGGAGCUACUGGUCAAUGUAACUGCUCUGCUGGACAGUGUAAAUGAGUGGGCAGCCAGCAAUGCUGUCCUGGUAUUGGCAAGGAUUGCUAUCUGCGAGUCUGGCUGCAGGAAGCUCUUGGAGCAACCGAGCUCCUGGCACAUGCUCCGCAAGCUGAUCGCAGCUCUGGGCGUGGAUGAAGCAGGCUGCGGAACAAGUGCUGCUUUUGCACUCGGACGCCUCUGUGACCUGGACGUAGGCCGCAAGCAGAUCCUCGAAAUGGAGGAGGCUCCCAAUAUGAUCACGACACUAGAGAAGAUGAUGGCAGACGGAGAUACUGGAGGAAGCAAAAAUGCCUGCUUUGCACUGAGUUGCCUGGCAACGGACAAAGAUGGCCACGCUCAUAUCCUGAAGAACCCCAUCUUCCCAGAAAUACUCAACACCUUGUGUGCGUUAUUGGCAUCCAAAGAGCAGGAGUCAGCUUGGUUUGCUGCCAUGACACUGAAAGUGUUAGGCAGCCAUCCAAAGGGAGUUGUGAAACUGAGAGAGCACCCCAAAAUAUCAGCACUUUUAAAGACUGUGGCCUGCUCUCCCACUGCUGGCAAGGACCUACUGGAGGAAGUAGACUUCGCCCUGAAGAAGCUGCAGCCACUUUCCAAGCCUUCUCCUCCCCGCGUUGAUGUGCUCAAAAUCAAUUCAAUUCAAAUUACUUGGAGUCGCCUUAUACUGGACAGCGGGCUGGAAGUGACAUACAGCUUGUUCGAUGGUGAUAACCUACUGUACAAAGGUCCUGACUGCAGCUAUGUUCUAGCAGAGGUCAAACUGUGCAAAGAGUAUGCUUUCAGGCUCCAUGUUUCCACCGAGGGAGAUGAUGGUCUCUACAGUGACAUUACCACGGUGACCGUUGAAGAGUCAGUGCCAAGUUGCCCACUUGAUUUUCGGGUGAUAGGCUGCACUCCCACACAAUUGAAGCUGGCAUGGAAUGCACCAGCUGAGCCCAAUGGCGUCAUAAAGUGUUACAUGGUGUACAAAGGCGACACGGUGAUCGAAACGACAUCAGAACGUACCUGCAUAGUCAGUGGCCUCGUGCCUUCGAAAUCCUACGUGUUCCAUGUGUGUGCCAGCACGAGCAAAGGGAAAGGGGCCAAGUCCUGCCUUGCAGCGAGCACCGCUGAUCCCGGUGACCACGCUCCCAGCAAGCUGACUCUCAAUGUCCUGGGGAGGAACGAGAUGUUCAUCACCUGGGACAUGCCCGAGGUGUCCCUCGGACGCCUCUUCAACUUUGAACUGUGCAUGAACGGAAGGGUGGUGUACCUGGGUCCAGAUCGCUCCUUCACGGCGAGGCGCCUGACUGCAAACACUGAAUAUACCUGCACUGUCAGUGCCAUCACCAGCGAGGGGAAAUGUGAGAGCAAACCAGUAAUGAAGAAGACAGCCAAGGAUGAGUAUGAAAAUACAACCAGGUGUCUCUAUUCCCCUGCUCGGAUGAACCAGCCACUUGCUUCACCUUCAGCUAAAGAUGUUUCGGAACUAGCUGAACGGCUCAGGAGGACCAGAACUCAGCUAGGAAUUUAUAAGGAGCAGACCCCAGGCAAAACACUGAAAACUCAUCAAACCUUGAACAAAGGGAAUCUGAAAGGAAUCCACAAGCAGCGUGAUAGCGAUGUAAUGUCCAAAGCUGUAACACAACAUAAAUACCGAUCUUGAUUUGAAUGUUUUCAGAAGUAAUUUUGUGCCACUUGAAGUGCUUUCUCAAUCCAUACACAUGUAUUUCAAUAAUCAGAUUGUUGUAUUACUAAAUGUCAAUAUAAAGUACAGCAGAAUGAAGUGCAGGAAGGGUCCUUUGUUACUCGCAGUGUUCUCUAUUUUUGUACAAAUGCUGCUGAGCAGAGGUCUUAGCUGUGUGUAUAACGGUGGACUCAGUUGUCAUAAAUAGGCAAUAGAGCAUGAAUGUAGAAUAGUAGCUAUCUUUAACAUGACGACAGCUGCUAUUGAGCAGUUUUGGGGCCAAUAUAAACAGGAUUGAUGCUACUUUUAGUUACAUUUCCCUGUCUUCAAGGAAAGUUACAACAUGUUGAUGUUAGUGCUCAUACUUUUCAAAAAGGUGUUUGUUAUACCAAGUCACUUCAGCACACGCCUGUGUAUUCUCCCAGGGAGGUAUCAAUGUUGCUGCCAGGUUAACAAAUUGCUAUGUCCACCUACUUGCUUGACGUUGUCAGAUUGGUGUCUGGCAUCGUGGAAUAUAGAAGGAAAGACUCACUUCAUUCUCAGGAAUCAGACGUCUUUCUCCAUGACCUAACCUUUCUAGAGUUGGUUAUGGCUCAUCUUGAUCUUAAAGAGGAAGGAGAAGUUGGAAAUAUAACACCUAGCCAAGGUUAACCACUGCAUGGGGCAAAGACCAAAUAAGUUGCAUUUACUAAACAUGUCAUCUCAAAGAGAUAGCAAGAACUGCAGAUGCUCGAGUCGGGGACAUCACAGUGUGGAGCUGGAGGAACUCAG